UAUCAUCGAUAACGAAAUAAUAGGUUUGCCGUGCCAAGGAUCCGAUAAAAGGUAAAAGCAGAAAUUUACUAUCUGCCAAUUUUCGAAUCGAAAGUCGAGUCGAAGUUUGUGGGAUCUACAAUUCGGAUUGAAUGAUUUACAAUCAUGAAUACCUCGAUUAUUUUUUUACUAUUGACACUUUUCUAUGUGUGCUGCGAAGAUCAAGUGAAAUACAAUUUGAACAACUAUCACAAUGUCCAGACUAAUUCGAGCGACAUCAUUGAUGAAUUCACGUUGAAUUUUGUUAAUCAAUCGACGUACAUGAUAAACAAGAUCUUUUGCUUUAUCGAUUCGAUUCUCUCCGACAAAACAAUAAGUCACUUGUUCAAAUUCAAAAUGACAAACAAUAAUCUUACGCAAUCAUAUUUCAAAAUCGAUUACCCAAAACGAAAAUAUCGAAGAACGAUAUUUGGCAUAGAAGAAUCGAACUUGAUCCAUUAUCCGAUGAAUUACUUGCUGUCAUCGAUUGCAAAUGUCGCUAUCAAGCCAAUAUCCUGGACCACGAAUCAAAUAUUAAAUUUAAUAUACAAGUUUAUAAUAAAUAUAGCACUUCCUUGGCUCCUUCGGUUUCUCAAUGAAAUCAAAAAAUUAACAUUCUGCCCUCACGUUUGAACGAUUUAAUCGAAUUGUUCAACAACGUUUAUUAUCUUAUGAAACUUUUUGGUUACAUCAAGACGUGAUUCUCCUGAUUUCUAAAUCCCAUUGCCAUUGUAUAUUCUGAAAUUUUUUUUAACUUUUUUGUGAUAUUUUUCAAUGGAAAAAGCAGGAAAUAUAAUUUUGCCAACAUAAUAAAUAGAUUAAAAUUGAUAAAUCAAUAAGUAUAAACUUGUUCAAGCAAUUCUAUUUAUAUAUUUUUAGUUAAAAUAUCUAUAUUGAAACAUAGAUAUAUUGAAAUAUAAAUAUCUAUAUAUCUUCCAUUUAUAUUAUAUAGCUCAAUAACGAUAUUCAUUUUAUAACCUUUUUACGAACGAAUCUUACAAGUUUUCUGCCCGCACAUUCACUUUUCUUCAUUUCCUAUCUUUAUGUUUCCUGUUUUACAUUCGACUUACGAAAAUAUUUGUAGAAAGCAACGAGAGAAAUCAUCUCUAUCGUUCAAGAAAAUGCGGGUAUUAUGUAUGUAAGUAUCUAAUCCAUCAUUGUUAUUAAAAGUGUUUGCAAAAACGA